AUGGGUCGCUUUAGACGAUGGAUUACAUGGAACGUUAGAGGUAUGGGGAGUGCUGAAAAAAGGAGAUCUAUAAAAGAUGUUCUGAAGAAGGUAAAAUUUGAAGUACUACUGAUUCAAGAAACUAAAUUGGGUGAUAGUAGUAGCAGAACAGGGGAGCGGUUUGCAAAAUCCCUCAAUUUUAAAUUCGCUGAAGUUUUGGCAGUAGGCUCUGCGGGGGGCCUUCUUUCUUGUUGGGAUCCUGCUAUUAUCAAUGUCUCAGAGGUGAUCAAAGAGCAAAAUUAUAUCCUUCUAGUGGCACAGGUACCUUCCUUACAAUAUAAAAUCUGCAUUGGCAACAUUUAUGGUCCCAAGUCUAUGUCAUCUCGAAGGGAAGUGUUCACCAAAUUGGUUGAGGAAAUUGAAAGAUUAGAUAUAUGCUACUGUCUGGGUGGGGAUCUCAAUGGUACUUUGAAUCAUGGUGAAAGGAGAGGGAUGCUUGAUGAAGUUGACCCCAAUCUUGGUGAUUUGGUUUCUAGUUUGAAUUUAAUUGAUUUGCCACUGGCUAAUGCGGACUUCACAUGGUUUAGCUCGAGGUUUGGCGGAAUUUGGAGUCGACUAGACCGAUGGUUACUCAGCGAGAUGAUUAUGCGUGACCUUGAAGGGGUAAAUCAAUCUGCUGAAUCCUGGGGCUUGUCCGAUCAUAGGGCCAAAUCACUAUCUAUGGGUGCAGUAGACUUUGGACCCAAACCUUUUAAAUUUUACAACUCAUGGAUGAUGGAAGAGGACUUCAACGAUUUGGUAAAAUCUUGGUGGAACUCUCCUUUAUUGGCAGAGUGGGCUGGGGCAAACCUUCAUGAUAAAUUAAAAGUGUAA